GGAUACCCGAAACUCCUUUGUUUUCAACAAAGCUGUUACAGUGAGCUGUUACGGUGAGCUAGUGCAGUUCCUUUCUGAUUGCAGCAAUGGCGAACGCAUGGAGGAGGGAGAAGCCCUCGCACCUCUUCUCCCCGAGAACCCUAAUCUCCUUGCUCCUCUCCACCUCCUUGCUCCUAUUCCUCUUCUUCUUCUGCUCCUCCUCCAGAUCCACACCCCUCCGCGGCCGUGAGACCUUCGCCCUAUCCCCUGCCGGGAUCCGGCCCUUCGACUGCCACGCCUGCCCGCAGGCGUCGCCGGUAUUUGCCAGCCUCGUCGAGGGCGUCAAGCACCCAUUCCUGUAUUCUCUUUCUGACUUCGGAUCCCUCCCGGAGAAGCCACACAAGAACAUAGCCCGCAUGCUCAAGGGGAAGCCCUUUCGCCGUCCUGACAUUUCGGCGACGUUGCAAGAGUUUCUGGAAGGGAAGGAGAGGGAUGAGGGGUUGGUGGUGGACGUGGGGGCCAAUGUCGGGAUGGCGACCUUCGCGGCGGCUGCGAUGGGUUUCAGAGUGGUCGCUUUCGAGCCGGUGUUUGAGAAUCUGCAGAGGAUCUGCGACGGCAUGUUUUUGAAUCGGGCAGGGGAUCGGGUAACUCUGUAUGCUGCGGCUGCCUCCGAUCGGAUCGGGAACAUUACAUUCCACAAGUUGGUCGGCCGGCUUGACAACAGUGCAAUCUCUGCAACUGGAGCUAAGCUUGCAUUCAAAUCUAACCAAGAGGUUGCUGUGGAAGUGGCAACAGUACCAUUGGAUGAGGUAAUUCCUGAAGCAGAGCGGAUUCUGAUAAUCAAGAUUGAUGUUCAGGGGUGGGAGUACCAUGUCCUUAGAGGUGCCUCCAAGCUCUUGUCUAGAGGCAAAAGUGAAGCUCCUUACCUUAUAUAUGAGGAAGAUGAAAGGUUACUCCAGGCAAGCAACACGACCGUAGAUCAGAUCAGGAAGUUCCUUAGUAGUAUGGGUUAUCAUCAUUGCAGUCGUCAUGGUACCGAUGCACACUGCACAAAGGAUUAAAUUUUAGCAUUGGUUACUUUCUAUUUGGAGAUUAUCAUGCUUGGGUGGGAUAUAAUCUCAUUGCAGGUACCAUGGAAAAUUAUGCAAUACCGAUGCAGACUAGAAAUCUGACUUGGGCACACAGUGAAUUGCACGUCGACUUACCUGAUUGUGGGCUGGUGGUCCUCAAGAAUUGGGAGAUGCAGCAUGGCGAUCUCUUGGUCUUGGUUUCUUUCCUAACAAUUGUCUUCUGCUCUAUAAAACAAUUUCUUGCUUACACAGUUAGACGUCUUGUAAGUAUUUUAUGCUUGUAGGCCUUAUCAAAUGAAAAUUUUGUCAUGUGUGUGUUGAGAUGAUUGGCAGUUUCCAGUGUUUGUCAGUAUGAUACUAUUAAACUUUGAGUUGUACAAGUUCACUAGCUCAUCAAAAUUCUUUGAUCUA